AUGGCAGACACUCCACAUACCGGCACCGACACGCCAGCAGGCACGACAGCAGAGCACCAAUCUCACCAGCAUCAUCAUUCGCAUCACGGUCACCACACAGGCAAGAGAUUGAGACAUUUCCUCAGACCCGAUGGAAGAAAAGUACACAUUGCGAGUUCGCCCGAUGAAGCAAACCACAUGAGGAGGAAACUCAGCACUGCGGAGGAGAAGGAAGAUUUCGAUCUCGUCGUCCAUGGAUCUCCCGAACAUAUUGAAGCACUCCGCCAUACACACGCCCACCACACAGAGCACCGCCGCCGACUCCAUCAGGACCACGGCGACCUAGCCCAAGAAUUUGAGCGUGUAAUACGCGAUCUUGACGCCCUAUCUACCGAACUCCACAUGCUAACCUCACACGCCGUGCAAUUGGACGCCAACUUUUCCAAAUACGGUUACUCGGCCCAUCUUCGCACCAAAGAAGACUUCAACACAGCAGACCCUACAGACUCAUCUGCCUCUUCUUUCUCAUUUGACAAAGAAACAUGGCAUGCAGACCGCCACCACGGCGCCAGCAUCCGUCUCUACCAAAAGCCUAUAGUACGCCAGUACUUCCACAAAGGUCUUCUAUGGCGCGCAAAAGAAGCCCAAGAAGUCGCCUCGUAUGAACUAUUCAUCGACCUCUUCUACGUGGGGAUUAUUGCCAUCACCGGCGAUUCUGCGGCUGAACACCCAACAGGCCAGUCUCUACUCCGAUUUUCCAUCACCUUCAUCAUGGGCUGGAAAUUCUGGACAGAUAUUGGUGUCCUGGUUUCGUGGUUCGAUAGCGACGACGUUGUGAGGCGGCUUUCAGUGCUUUUCUUGCUCACUUGCCUAUUGGGGUUCACAACAAAUAUGGCUGAAGCAUGGGAGAGGACGUACGCGCCACUCGUAGCGUUCUAUCUGGCAGCCAGAUUGUUUGUAGCAACGAGCUUCUUGUGGUACGCGUGGAUCAUUCCCAUGGUCAGAGGAACCAUGCUCGGCAAUGGAAUUAUCAUGCUCAUUCCUGCGGCACUAUGGAUUGGCAGUAUACAUGUUGAGGAGCCAGCAAGACAGGGAGUCAUCUGGACGGCUAUCGUGUUUGACCUGUUUGGCCAGUUUGGCAUGGUGCUGCUUCAACGGCCUGGAUCGCCAGUAUUCAAGUUCGUUCCCGGUUGGAUUAAGAGAAGUCUGGAAUUCUUUCCAGCGACGAACAUCGAGCAUCGGAUUGAGCGUACGAACGCGUUCGUCACGUUGGUCUUUGGAUCUUGCGUGCUGGGUCUAUUGUACCAGAGCAAUGUUGAGAUGGGUAUUAACGCUUUCUUCGGCAAAGCUGUCUUGGGACUUAUACAGGCCUUUGUGUUUAACUGGAUCUACUUUGAGAUGGACUCUUUCAAUCUGCACACGCAUGCGAUUCGGAGGCAUGUAUACUCUGGUAAGUGA